GCAAAGCUCAAAAUCCUCAGAAUUCGACCUGCCCUGACAGCGUCUGAGCCACCAUGGGAACCCGAGGUGACGUGUAUCCAUUGGGGCUCUGCAUCGCCCUGUGCCUGUGGGGCACCGUGGCCCAGAAUCAUGGCGUACAAGGUACCACUGGGGACUGCAACAGCCAUAUGCUGUGCCCAGCAAACGCCAAGUGUGUGAACAGCACCCACUGCACCUGCCUGGAUGGAUACCAGCCACAUGGGAAUCGCUUCUUCACCGACCCAACGGAGACCUGUGAUGAUAUUAACGAGUGUCUGGGAUCAAGCCAGCUAGACUGCGGACACAACACUCACUGCACCAACGUGCCUGGGAGUUACAACUGCACCUGCAUCGAUGGCUACGAGCCCAGCUCUUGGAAAACCAACUUCAUGAACCCGAGUGAGAACAGCUGCCAGGAUAUUGACGAGUGUCUGGGCCCGAGCCCGGCAGACUGCGGACCCCACGCAAACUGCACCAACGUGCUUGGGAAUUACUCCUGCACCUGCAUCGAUGGCUACGAGCUCAGCUCUGGGAAAGCCAACUUCACACACGCGAGUGAGAACAGCUGCCAGGAUAUUGAUGAGUGUCAGGGCCCGAGCCCGGCAGACUGCGGACCCCACGCAAACUGCACCAACGUGCCCGGGAGUUACUACUGCACCUGCAGCGAUGGCUACGAGCCCAGCUCUGGGAAAGCCAAGUUCACGUACGCGAGUGGGGACACCUGCCAGGACAUCGACGAGUGCAACCAGACCCCAGAUAUCUGCGGCCCCAACGCUGCAUGUAACAACACCAUCGGGAGCUACCGGUGUGAGUGCCGGGCCGGCUACGUCCCCUCCACCAGGAAUAUGAACCUGUGCCAAGUGCCCAGCAUUAACUGCAGCGCUGAGUUCAAGGGAAUCAAAGAGACGUGCAGGAAUUUCUCUCUGCAGGGAAAGUGGAGCAGCAGAAGCAGUAGUUUUUGCUCUUUCUUUAAUUCAACCGUAGAGAUUUUGAUGUCCACGUGCGGAGAUGGGAGUGCGGCGUUAUCACUGGAGAACGUGACUCUCCGUUUCAGUGUCCUCCUGAACAGCACCUCCCUCUGGGACAGUGGAGACAAGUGGGAGGUGGUGUCGGCCGUUACGGUCCUGCUGCAGAGCGUGGAAUGGGCCACGCUGGCCACUGCGCUCCGGUCUCCGGAGAGGACAACACAGAACGUGACGACAGGAUCUCUGGCUAUCCAGACGCGGCUCGUCACAGGGGACUGCAGCCAGCACAGCGAGGUCUUCACACUGAGCGCUCACGAUGAGACGAUGGACGUGCACUGUGCUACAGUCACCGGGGCAGCCACACAAGCAGGUUUGGGGGCUGCUGCUUUUAUUUCCUACUCCACCGUGGACUCCAUCAUCAGUGCGAGACGUCUCAGCGAUGGAAACCUACCGGCUGGGAAGCUGGAGAAGAGUCACCUCAACUCCAGGGUGGUGAGUGGGGCCGUCGGAGACGGGAGACCCAUUAACCUCUCCAGCCCCGCAAACUUCACCCUGCGCCACAGACAGGCCAAAAAAGAGGAGGAAGAGGCUCUCUGCGUCUACUGGAAAGUGGUGGCCGAGAGCGGCAGCUGGUCUCCGGACGGCUGCACCGCCGUGCACACGAACAGCACUCACACCACCUGCAGCUGUGACCAUCUCUCCAGCUUUGCCGUCCUAAUGGCUCCCACCGCAGUGACGGAGAGCUACCCACGGACCAUCAUCACCUACGUGGGACUGACCCUCUCUCUGCUGUGCCUCUUCCUGGCCAUCCUCACCUUCCUCCUGUGCCGCUCCAUCCGCAACGUCAGCACCUCCCUCCACCUGCAGCUCUGCCUCUGCCUCUUCCUGGCCCACCUGCUCUUCCUCACCACGGUGACCCGCCCCGGCAGUCAGGUGGUGUGUGCUGUCAUUGCUGGCCUCCUGCACUACCUCUUCCUGGCCUGCUUCAGCUGGAUGUUCCUGGAGGGGCUGCACCUCUUCCUCACCAUCAGGAACCUGAAGGUCGUGAAUUACACCAGCGCCAGCCGGUUCAAGAAGAGAUUCAUGUACCCGUUCGGCUACGGAUUCCCAGCCCUGGUGGUGGCUAUUUCUGCAGCGGUGAAUCCUGGCGGCUACGGAACUUCCGAACACUGCUGGCUCAGCCUGGACAGAGGCUUUCGUUGGAGCUUCCUGGGUCCAGUCUGUGCCAUAAUCCUGAUAAAUAUAACGUUCUUUGCCCUGACCCUGUGGAUCCUGAGAAACAGACUCUCCUCCCUCAAUGCAGAUGUGUCCACCCUCAGAGACCACAGGUUACUGACCUUUAAAGCCAUCACCCAGCUCUUCAUUCUGGGCUGCACAUGGAGCCUGGGUCUCCUCCAAGUCGGCCCAGCAGCCACGGUCAUGGCGUAUUUAUUCACCAUCGUCAACAGCCUGCAGGGAGCCUUCAUCUUCCUGGUGCACUGUCUCCUCAAUCGCCAGGUGAGAGAGGAAUACAGGAAAUGGAUCAAGGGAUUCCGAAUGUUCAGCACGAAAUCUCAGCCAUCCGAUCUGUCCAUGUCUGCUGUCCCCACCACCAGCACCAAGACGGACUAACCCUUCUGCCAGGCGGAGUCGGCAGCAACCAGGGCCGGGGUCAAUACCUAGGGGUUCCAAUACAAAACUGAACCAGCUGGAGCCCCCCGUGACGUUGUGCUCCAUGUGCUUUAUGGAAAUAUGCUCAUGAAUAUGACAUAACUGGAAUAUGCUUUACGCUAAAUACCGCUUGGAUGGUGUUUUUAGAAAGCUUGUAAUCUGCAAA